AAUAAUUUGAAAUGUUGACACAAAUCCAUAAGUUAUCAAGAACAAGAAGAGUAUGCAAAUCCAUGGUCAUAAUCUCACUAUUCCUCUCCAUAAUCUUGAUCUUGAUUUUCUCCAUCAAUCCUUGUUCCCAAACGACCCAAAUCUUGAUACCCAAUUUCAAUCUCAAUUAUUUCAAAAAUACCCAAACUACCCCUACCAACAUCUCCCAUGUCGUAUUCGGUAUUACGAGUACUGUAAAAACUUGGCACACGAAGAAACACUAUAUCGAAUCAUGGUGGCGCCCAAAUGUAACCCGUGGCUUCCUCUUCCUAGAUGAAGCCCCUAUCGAACACCUCCCCUGGCCUCCCACUUCUCCGCCUGUACGUGUCUCCAGUGAUCACAAAAGCGUGCCAUACACUAUCAGAAUGGCGCGAGUGAUCCAGGAGUCAUUUAAGGCAGAGAACAAAAAUGUAAGAUGGUAUGUGAUGGCAGAUGACGACACCAUUUUCUUUUUGGAGAAUUUGUUGAACGUGUUAAAGAAAUAUGAUCACGAGGGUUACUAUUAUAUAGGCACGAAUUCGGAAAGUAUCUUAUCUAAUACUUGGUUUUCGUUUGAUAUGGGUUUUGGUGGGGCCGGAUUUGCUUUGAGUCACCCUCUCGCCGAGGCUUUGGCUAAGAAUUUAGAUGUUUGUUUAAACAAAUAUCAAUAUCUUCAUACUAGUGACCAUAUUUUGCGAUCUUGUAUAGCUGAUUUCGGGGUUUCACUUACUCAAGAAAAGGGUUUUCAUCAGAUUGAUCUACGUGGGGACAUUUCAGGUCUUCUUUCGGCACACCCACAAACUCCAUUGGUGUCCCUCCACCACCUUGAUGCUGUAGAGCCGCUCUUCCCCACCACAGAUCGCCAACAAUCGCUAAACCAUUUGAUGACAUCAGCAAAAAGCGACCAGUCAAGGCUACUCCAACAAAGCAUAUGCUACCACCACCCGAAAAACUGGACCUUUUCUUUGUCAUGGGGAUACUCGGUGCAUAUUUACGAAAAAACUCUCCCGUCGUGUUUUUUGCAGUUACCCCUUCAAACAUUUGAGGAGUGGGAGAAAGGAGGUUGGCCUGCUUUCAUGGUGAAUACUAGAAGUCUUAGCCAGGACCCUUGUGAAAUCCCUCAUGUUUUUUACUUUUAUUCCGUGGAAGAAUCCGGUGGUGGAGGAUGGCGGAGGGAGGUGGUGACAACCUAUGUUCGGAGGUUGCCACGGCGGUUGCCGCAUUGCUUGGCUAAUGGAAAUCACUCAGCGGAUUAUGUGGAUAAGAUUCUCGUGAUAUCACCAGUGAAGAGACUUGUUACGGAGGGAGGCAGAAGAGAAUGCUGUGACAUAAUACAAGUGGAGAAAGAGAAUUCUACAACAAUCAAGCUUAGGUCUUGCAUGAAAUAUGAAAUGACUUGGUGAUUUUUAUUUUUAUUUUUUGGAUUUUAUAUUUUGUUUAAAAUUCAACUAAAAUUAACCUUCAUGUUUAUUUUGAUUUAGUUAUCUGACUUGAUUAGGGAC